AUGGAACUCGAUGCCAAAAUAGGAGUACUCAAUAAUGCUGGUGGAAGUUCAGAGGUUCUGUUAAAUGGGAUUAAAGUAGUUUGUGGUAUUAAUGGGCCGAUGGAAGCAAGACCAAGACAAGAAUUGCCAACCACAUGCUAUUUGGAAGUGAUUAUAAGGCCUGCUAUUGGGAAUCCAACUGUCAGGGAGAAAUAUAUGGAGGAUAAGAUUAAGAACUUUCUCAAUUCCGUGAUUAUUGGGAAUUUAUACCCAAGACAAGUUAUUCAAGUGAACUUGCAGAUCUUGGAGAAGAAGAAUAAUAAUUCAAGUUAUACAUCAGAUAGCGAUGAGAGCGCUGCUACGGAAGAUGUGUUACUAGAGCUUAAUUGUUGCAUUAACAGCGCCUUCUUAGCUUUGGUGGAUGCUAAUAUCAGUAUUUACAAAGCAUUCAACUCCAAUAUAUUCACAUAUACACACAAAGGUUCAUUGGUAAAAGAUGGUUUAUCGGAGGCAAAAAGUAGGCAUUUAGUGGUUUACGGAAUAAAGAAUAAUAAAGUAGAUGAAUUGCUUUAUGGAGAAAAUGUUGGUAGAUUUAGUGAAAAGAAGUUAUUUAUGGCUCUUGAGAGAGGUGAAAAAGAAUCGAUGAUUUUGCAUUCCAAAUUGAAAGAGCUCAGUGUGGAAAGCGUAAAGCAGAAGUUCGUUUACUUGAGCUGA